AUGGGCUGCAACUGCAAGAUCGUCGCCGCCGCCCUCGCGCUGGCGCUGCUGGUGAUCGGCGCGGCCGAGGCCCAGAUCCUGCCCACCCCCUGCUGCCGCAUUGACUGCUGCGACGGCAAGCCCGAGUGCUGCAGUGCCGGCCCCUGGAUGGCCGUGGACGCGGUCACCCCGCCGUCCGCUGUGGCCUUCGCCGCCAGCGACGCCAAGGCUCGUCCAGGUGGUGCACCUCGCAAGGUCGGCGCUGGGAACUAG